GGCUGAUAGAGGGAGAAGAAACAGAAGAGUUGUAGCAGCAACAGGAAGUUGUAACAGUGCAGCAUCGAGGCUCGAUACAGAUCGUAUUUCAACAUUGAUGUUAUCCCUAGUCCAUUUUUGUGACUAAGGGGCUACAGAAACUGUCGGUAUCUGUUCAGGCAGGCGGCUUGGGGCUUUGGGUCUUCCCGGGCAGAUGAGGGCCACCAUGUUCGCGGUGUGGCGAACUUUGUUCGUCUUUUUUCAGGCUUUGGCUGUAGUUUCUGCUGAAGAGCUGUCAUGUGUACCUGGAUUUCAGUCAGACGUGAAGGUUUUCAAAGUCGACAGAAUGAGACUAGGAAAAGGCACAGUGCUGGGCAAAGCAGGAAAACGUAUAAAACCAUCCCAGAGAGGAAAUUUGCAAAAAGGGCAGUUUGGUUUGAAACGAGGCUAUGGAUCCAUGCUUAUCAUUUGCGAUACCUGGUGGCUAAGCAAGCUCAAGGCAAGGCAAGUGAAGUUCACUGAUUGUUCAGCACGCAUGGGAUUUCCUUUUAUUAGUGAUGAUGGACGUUUUGUGGUUCAGACUGACGGUGUCGUGAAGGUGAACAGGCCAGUUUUUCUUUGUCAUGGAUAUCCUGACUUUUUGAUUCACACCUGGGACUUUCAAGGAUGCAAGAUGACCAUUCAGGUCAUUGUGCAGCACAAUGGCAACCAACAGCAGAAUGCUGAGUGUGAUUCUGAGAAUACCAGUGAUGCAGACAUCCCUGUUUUGCACUUUCCAAAGUCUAAUGGAGGAUUAAGAAGGAGAAAGAGAGAAUGGGUUAUUCCAAAUAUUAACGUAUAUGAGGACGACAGAGGACCUUACCCGCUCAAAAUAUCUCAAAUUAGGUCCAAUGAAGACACAGUUAAAAAGAUAUUUUACAGCAUCACUGGUCCUGGAGCUGAUCAGCCUCCUGUUGGCCUUUUCACAGUGAAGAGAGACAAUGGCAAUCUUUAUGUCUCACAACCACUCGACAGGGAAAAGCAGGCAAAGUACAUGUUGGACGUGCAUGCUGUAGCAGAAGAUUCGGGAAAUGCCGAGGAGCCAUUUGAAAUUGUUGUUAAUGUAAUUGACCAGAACGACAACAAACCAGUGUUUGAGAAGGAUACCUUCUUUGGAGAAGUGGCUGAGGCCUCACCAAUUGGGUUUGAAGUUGUAAAAGCGAAUGCCACAGAUGCGGAUCAGCCAAACCAUGACUACUCUGAUCUCCGUUACACUAUUUUGAGCCAAGAUCCAAUGUUCCCCGUACCAAAUCUUUUUGCCAUCAAUGAAAUUACUGGAGUAAUUCGAGUCAACGCUGGUGGCUUAGACAGAGAGAAAUAUCCAAAGUACACGUUGACAGUACAGGCAGCUGACAUGAAGGGAAAUGGGCUGACUGGAAAUGCAAAUGUAAUUCUCACUGUAUUAGAUAGUAAUGACAAUGCUCCAGUGUUCACCAAGAGCUCGUAUGAAGCUUCAGUGGAGGAAAACCGAAAGGAUGUAAUUGUGCUAAAGAUGACCGUAGAAGAUGGAGAUGAUGCUCAUUCUCCAGCUUGGAAUGCAAAAUUCAGGAUUAUCGACGGUGACCCCGGAAAGCAUUUUUCUGUGGAAACCGGGUCCAGCAAGAAUGAAGGAAUCCUCACUACUGUGAAGGGUCUCGACUAUGAGAAGAAUGGCAAGCAUAUUUUGUUGAUUGCAGCAGAGAACGAAGUUCCUUUCGCCAUUCCAUUGACCACCUACACGGCCAAUGUGACCAUAAAUGUAAUUGAUGUUAAUGAACCUCCAGUCUUUGAUCCGGUGGUGAAAUUUGUGGUUAAACCGGAAGACCUACCAAUUGACUCUGAUGUGGUGCAGUACAUCGCUUCGGACCCGGACAUUGAACGCAAACAGAAAGUCAUGUAUAAGAUUAUUAGUGACCCAGAUGGCUGGUUGAACGUGGAUCAAGAUACUGGCCUCAUCACAGUAAGGAGUGCCAUGGACUUUGAGUCCGUCUUUGUCAAGAGCGAGAAAUACACAGCACUCAUUCGUGCAUAUGAUAAUGAUGAAGUCCCAGCUACUGGAACAGGCACACUGAUCAUCCAACUUCAAGAUGUUAAUGACAACGCACCCACAAUUGUGGAACGUUCAUUCACGGUGUGCAACAAAGAAUCUGCUCCUCAGUUGUUGUCAGUGAUUGACAAAGAUGGACCUGGCUAUACUGCUCCAUACAGAGUUUCUUUGGAGGGCAUGUCAAAGACCAACUGGACUGCUAGAAUGAACGAAACCAAAACGGGCAUAAUCCUAAAUCUGGCCAUGGAACUACCAAGCGGCGAGUACAAUGUGAUUCUUAGAGUGGGAGACAACCAGGGGUUAGAACUGGACAGCACAGUUCAGGCCAAAGUGUGCGACUGCACCGGGGAAGACGUGGUCUGCAAAGGGCGUGUGGAGUACGGCGCCGGCCUGCCUGUUAUUCUGGGAAUUCGGGGAGGAAUCUUUUUGCUUCUCUUGCUGCUGCUGUUCCUGCUGCUGUAUGCAAGGCGGAGAAGCAGAGAAGUAAAGGAGCCUUUACCGCAGGAAGAUGACGUCAGGGACAACGUCUAUUACUAUGACAAGGAAGGAGAUGGUGAGGAUGAUCAGUAACGACCUCGUCCCACCAACCCGGAGGAAAUUGGCAACUUCAUCGACGAUGUAAGU